AAGCUUGGAGAAGUUUACAUUCAUUCCCAUUCAUAGUAAUCAUAGCAUUCAAUGCCCUAAAUUUACUAUGUGAAUCAAAAUCCCCUAAAAAUUAUUAACAUGGCCUUGGAUUCCCUUAAUGAAGAGAAAGCAGAUCCACAAUGGAGCUCGCUUCAACAAAAGUUUCCCUCGAACAAUGGCAAUGAAUAUCGCGAGGAAAUACCAGAUCGCCUGUGGUCUCUGUGGGGUAGUCCACUUUACGAUUCCGAGCCAAAAACUGAAACUGACUGCCCAUUGCCAAAUUCAGCAACUGUUCCGCCUGGUCGUUUGCUAGCCCGCUGUGUGGUUGCCUGCUGUGUCAGUAACAUUGUCUCCCUGGACGAAUGGAAUUCCCAGCUGUUGGAUCGCAUUAUGCUCUAUGGCAGUCAAUACCAUGAUAUCAGUUGCUCGGCACUGCAACGGGAUAAGGGCGAGGCUGAGCUAUCAUUGGAAAAUCUAUAUACAGCCUGUAUUUUGGACAAGUGUGCAUUUUGGGUCUACACCGAGAAGGUUUUGUGUGGCAAAUUGUAUAGCAAACGCAAGAGUCUUGGAUCUGCCCUCUCAGCUUUCUUCAAUCAACAUCAACGAACGGGCAUUGUGCAGCUUAAAGAUCGCACUUUGGCCUUUGGCUUUAUGCCGGAGUGUUCGUCGAGAGGGGCAUACUUUAUGUUCAAUUGUCAGGGCAAAGAUCAUGGCACACAAGGUGCACCGUAUUUACUUCGAAUGCGACAAUUGCAAAAACUUUUGCAUUGCCUUCUCGUAGCCCUUAAUGAGCGUGGUCGAAAUGUGGACUUUAAAAUAUAUAAAGUCUGGUGUGUACCAAGAAGUUAAAGAGUUAAUAAAUUUAUUAAAGGGAAAAGCAAAAGAAA